GGAGUGCCAGUCUACACCGCGUCUCCAGCCACCGCGGUCCUAUCAGCUUAACCUCGAUAUUCUCCUACUGGGCCAGAGUGGAAGUGUGUACGGGUGAGGAGAGGCGCAAGCGCUGGGGCUGUGUCAUAUAUAUAUAUAAGUUGGCUUUCGUAUUUUUCCCGGGUUCGGUCGGAAAAAAUCAAUAAAUAGGGUGGCGCUUGCCUCAAUACUAGCUCUAACGUUCCGGGCGUUGUUUUACGUAUUACCAAUCAACAGGCAACAGCUACUCGAAUACGUUGUUGAUCGCACAUUUAAUAUUAAAUAAUUUUGUUAAUACCUUUUUUGUUAAACCAAAAGUGCUACAUAACAAAAGUAUCUACUACAUUUUAACUGUUUUUCGUCUUGCACAACUUGUGACUGCAUCCAUACAUUUGUCAUUUUCAAUCCAAUCGAUAUCGUCUUGCAAUCUUUUAAGGUUCAGAAACAAUGGCUAAAAAAUCCAGUGAAGAAUAUCCAUGUGACAACACCGACAAUUUUCCUGAAACCGCAAAACCUUCCAACAGCACUGCUGAUAAUAAUGCCGAUGAUACUCUGGGUCCCAUAAAUGUACCGGAAAUAGUACCUGAACCCGAAAUAAAUGAAAAUAUAUUUUAUUCCUUUGAUGAACAGUCACCUGAACUUGAUAUAUUUCCACCACCAACUCGUUUUUUGUACAUGGCAAAAAUUUGUAGCGAUUUUUUUGAUGACGUUGCUUCUGGUAAAUACACUGUGAGACGUGAUAAUGACAAUGUUAAUGAAGUAGAAAAUGACCAUAACAAUCUCGUCGAAAUCAAUGAAGAACCCAAUUUGCAUGAUCUAGAUGAUGUUAAUAUCCAACACCAACAAUUAGUAACAUUUGAAUCUGGCAUGAAUAUGAAUGAGCAACUAUCUUCUUAUAGGAGCAUGAUAAUUCAAUGCGGGCUCACCAAUUUUCUCCGAAAAACUUUAUCAAAACGUGAUCUCUGUAAAAAUCAAGAUUUUUUAGAAUUAAGUGAUAAUACAAUCCCCCCAUUAUCAUCAAAAAUUAUCUUUCCUCCGUUAAACCUUGAUGUUAGUGUAGUUAAGCAUGGUCAAGAAUAUAUUGAUUUUAUGUCUGUUUUCACAGAGUUUGAAAUGUAUAGGCCUUUUCUCGAAAAAGUAUUCUCAUACUUAAGUUAUAAAGACAUUGCAUCGAUGACCGCUGUGUCUAAAACUUGGCGUAAAUCUAUCUCAAAAUCUGUAACUGCUCAAAAAAAGUUGGAAAAAGUUUUUAUACACGCGAUAUUAUAUUUUUGUCAUAAGAAUAUAAAUGUAACUGAAGAGUACAAAAAAUUAUAUGAUAAGAUUUUAAUACAUUUUAAAAAUCAAAUUCAGUUUAAAAAUCAAAUUCAGUUUGAAAAACGAGAUUUUUAAGAUAUAAAAAAUAUACAUUACACUGUUAAAAUAAAAUAGAUUGCACGUAGAAAAAAUAUUAAUGAAUACAUUAUCUACCUAUUUAUCAUAGUAUAUAGUAUUUAAAGAUUAAUUCAAAAUUAUUAAAAUUAAUUCUACGAAGUAAAUAAAUCGGAGAAUAUCUGGUUUUAAUUUUAUCUCAAAAUUUUACUUUAAUUCUUGAAGUAAAAAUUUGGUAGGUAAUUAAAUUAUAUUUACCUGCAGUUAUUAUAAUACGUAAGUACAAAUAUGAAAUAAGUAUCUUUAACCACCAACUGCUACUAAAUGUUCGGUACCUAUAUAAAUUACAACACUAACGUAACAUUAGGUAAUUUUAUAUGUACAAUGUAUGCCUAUAUGCAUAAUUUAUUGCACCUUCAUUAAUUAUAAAUCGAAUAAAUCACCUUGCGCCUAAAUUAUAUUUACAGUGAAUACUAAAGACAUUUUUAUCGUGUGUGUGUUUUUUUUAAUGUACCUAAUGUUUGCUUGUAGUCAUUAGAAAAUUAGAACUAUUUUUCCUAUACUUUAUUAUAACUAUAACUACUACAAACGUCGACUGCUGACUUAUUAUUUGUUAAAAAGCAGACGUGCCUUUGUUGUAAUAAAUUGAAUUCUUAAUUCAUAAAUGUAAGUAUACCUCCACAGUGAUUAAUGCAAAUCUAUUGUUGUUGUAUUUAAUUUUUCAAAAUCAAAUUGAUUUAUAAUUAUUGAAUAUAUAACUUAUGUAAAUCACUGAAUAUUACUUAAUAUACACGUGAUGUUUAUAAUAUUAACAUAAUAACAUGAAUCUAUUUGACUGUUUGUGAUAAACAGUCGAGCUAAAUAUGUUUAAUAUAUAAAUUAAUUAAUUUAAUAUUAAACACUAUUGUUACUUAUACUCGUCUGAUUAUAAUUACCUAUGUAUAGAUUAUCAUUUUAUUAUUGUCUAAUUAUACUUUAAAAGUACAAAUGCAUUUACAUGCUUCCGUUUUAUAAUAUGUAUAACUGACUCAAUUAACAACAAUUAAUAAUGAAUUUUUGCAUAAGUACCUCACUAACAAUUACAUUUAAUGUUUUCGCCCAUACGUAAUUAAUUAAACAGGGCGUAAAUGUUAUUCGUUUUUUAAUAUUAUGGACGAUAUUAAUACUAGCAUUAUCUAAUCAUCAUUCAUAACACCUAAAUAAUACUUACAAAAUAAAUCAAUUUCUCAAUUAUUAAUCAUUAUAAAACAAAUCAGGAUCAGGGUGUUUGUGUUUUUCUGAGUUUCAAUUGUCAAAUACUGAACUUGUAGGCAAUUAUUUUCCAACUGUUGUGUUCAAUCGAAAUAAAUGAUAUUAUAAUAACAUAUAGCUACAAAUUCCUAUCUAAACAAUUGGACAAUUUUAGAAUUAUCAUCCUAUACAAUAUAAUCAUUUGGUUACCUUAUUUGUACCUAUAUAAUAUAUCAUAAUGUGUUUAUACAUGUUACGAUGUUGAUAAAAAUUUACCUAUAUGCAUUUAUCUUUGUUAAUUAAUUAAUCGUAAGUCAUAAACUAUCAAAUAUACCUAUAGAUAUUAAGUGACGUGUUUAUUUAAGCUGUAAUAAUAAAGUUAAUAUACUCGUAGUAUAAUUAGUAUAUUAAUACGUUUGUUAAAUAUAUUACCGAUACCUGUCGGUUGUAGUAAAGUAAUAUUGACUAGAUAAUAUUACAUUAUUAUUAUAAGGCAUAUUUUGUAGUUUGAAAAUGCAGUUUAUAAUUUCUAAAUAAUAUGUUCUGACGUGUACUUAUCUAUAAUAAAAUUAUAUCUAUACCCAUUUAACUAAUCUUUG